AGUGGGCGUUAUGUCAGCUCAUCAAAAGACAAGGUUGAUAAGUCCGGUGAGGCAUCGGAGGAUUACACAAAUUACACGGUUCAUAUCGCGGACAAUCGACCUGAGACAUCAGUGGCUACAAAAGCCGAAGAACAACAAUACGUUUCUAUUUCACUUUUACCGGAGGUUUCAAUAGAGCAUAGAUAAAGCCACUGAUUCGGAAGUGACCCACCCGCAAAUGGCGGGACCCAAGGGCCCAUCGUGUGCCAGGCCGGCUUGUGAUCGCGAGGUUAUGAAGGAUGAGUGGGGCGUUGAUAUCUAUCCUUGCGAAUGCCGGUUUAAGAUCUGUAGAGAUUGUUUUUUAGAUGCACAGAACGAGACGGGAUUGUGUCCGGGAUGUAAUCAACCAUAUAAAACGAACGAUGGCGUUGGGAAGAGCGGCCGCGGCGGUGGUUUUGAAGAUCCGGCUGAUAAACCAUGGCAGCCGCUCACCCAGAGAAUACCGAUUCCAUCGAAUAUCAUCACUCCGUAUAGAUUAUUAAUAGUGGUUCGUUUAGUUGUGUUGGGUUUCUUUUUGACAUGGCGAGUUACGCACGUGAAUGAUGAUGCGGUAUGGUUAUGGUUCAUGUCAAUCGUAUGCGAGAUAUGGUUCGCGUUUUCUUGGAUCCUUGAUCAAAUCCCGAAACUUUGUCCAGUAAAUCGGUCAACGGACCUCGAGCUUCUUCGUGAAAAGUUCGAAACACCCGAUAAAACAAAAAACCCCGAGGGUCGUUCUGACCUCCCGGGUCUUGAUUUUUUUGUAUCAACCGCUGACCCGGAAAAAGAGCCGCCGUUGGUCACCGCCAACACCAUUCUCUCGAUCUUGGCUGCUGAAUACCCGGUUGAGAAGCUUGCUUGCUACAUAUCCGAUGACGGUGGUGCACUUCUGACGUUCGAGGCAAUGGCCGAGGCGUGUGGGUUAGCCGAUCUAUGGGUCCCGUUUUGCCGAAAACACGACAUCGAACCACGGAAUCCCGAUACUUAUUUCUCGUUAAAAGGUGAUCCGACGAAGAACAAGAGACGGAAGGAUUUUGUUAAAGAUCGGAGGAGGGUGAAACGGGAGUAUGACGAGUUCAAGGUGCGGAUUAACAACCUGCCGGAUACGAUAAGGAGAAGAUCGGAUGCUUAUAACACGAAGGAGGAGAUGAAGAUGCUACACACCAUUCGGGAAAGUGGUAUUGACCCGACCGAGCCAAUAAAGAUCAAACGGGCCACAUGGAUGGCCGACGGCAGUCAUUGGCCCGGUACAUGGUCUAACCCUAUACGUGAUCACGCCAAAGGGGACCACGCUGGCAUCUUACAAGUAAUGUUGAAACCUCCGUCCCCGGAUCCAUUAUACGGGUCAGGGGACGGUCUUGUCGACUACUCAGAUGUCGAUAUAAGAUUACCGAUGUUUGUAUACAUGUCACGAGAGAAACGUCCCGGCUAUGACCAUAACAAGAAAGCCGGGGCGAUGAAUGCACUUGUACGUUCUUCCGCGGUCCUAUCAAACGGUCCGUUUAUCUUGAACUUAGAUUGUGAUCAUUAUGUAAACAAUUGCAUGGCGGUUCGCGAAGGGAUUUGUUUCAUGAUGGAUGGUGGUGGUGAAGACAUUUGCUACAUUCAGUUCCCGCAACGGUUUGAAGGAAUCGAUCCUUCUGACCGUUACGCCAAUCAUAAUACGGUCUUCUUUGAUGGAAACAUGCGUGCACUUGACGGGAUACAAGGCCCGUUUUACGUGGGAACCGGAUGUAUGUUUAGACGAUUUGCAUUGUAUGGAUUUGAUCCACCGAAUCUCGGCUUGUUAGCGUCUGGAAAGAAGGGUGGUGAUGGUACCGAAUCGGCUUCGGAGACACAAGCAUUGAAGGCUACGGACUUUGAUCCAGACCUUAACGUUAAUGAGCUACCAAGACGGUUUGGAAACUCGAUACCUUUGUCGAAUUCGAUACCUGUAGCCGAGUUUCAAGGUCGACCGCUUGCUGACCACCCAACGGUCCAGUAUGGUCGACCUCCUGGCGUCCUUCGGGAUGCUCGUGAACCGCUUGAUGCCACUGCAGUUGCCGAAGCUGUCUCCGUAAUUUCUUGUUGGUACGAGGACAAAACGGAGUGGGGUGAUCGAGUGGGUUGGAUUUACGGAUCAGUAACCGAAGACGUGGUAACCGGAUACCGAAUGCACAACCGCGGGUGGCGAUCAAUCUACUGCCUAACAAAACGAGACGCUUUUCGCGGGUCUGCACCCAUCAACCUAACCGAUAGACUCCACCAAGUCCUCCGCUGGGCCACGGGCUCGGUCGAAAUAUUCUUCUCAAGAAACAACGCAUUUCUAGCAUCAAAACGCCUAAACUGGCUACAACGUUUAGCAUACCUCAAUGUUGGCAUUUACCCAUUCACAUCACUCUUUCUCAUUGUUUAUUGUUUUCUCCCAGCACUCUCAUUGUUUUCGGGUCAAUUCAUUGUUAAAAAUGUCAAUGCCACUUUCCUUAUAUACUUAUUGUUGAUGACAUUGUGCUUGAUCGGUCUCGCGGUGUUGGAAGUCCGGUGGUCCGAGGUGUUGUUGGAAGAUUGGUGGCGCAACGAGCAGUUUUGGUUGAUUUCUGGUACGAGUUCCCAUUUAGCGGCCGUCAUUCAAGGACUUUUGAAGGUGAUUGCGGGAAUCGAGAUCUCGUUUACUUUGACGGCGAAAGCGGUUGAGGAUGCUGACGAUAUUUACGCGGAGUUAUAUUUGGUGAAAUGGACGUCUCUCAUGAUUCCUCCGAUUGUUAUCGGGAUGGUUAAUGUACUCGCGAUGGUGGUGGCGUUCUCGAGGACGAUUUAUAGUGUAGCGCCACAAUGGGGGAAGUUUGUUGGUGGCGCGUUUUUUAGUUUUUGGGUGUUGGCUCAUUUGUACCCAUUUUUUAAAGGGUUGAUGGGGAGGAGACGGAAGACACCCACGAUUGUGUUUGUGUGGUCCGGGCUCAUCGCCAUCACCCUCUCGUUGUUGUGGGUUGCUAUCAACCCUAGCUCCGGCCCAGCUGAUUCCGUUGCAGGAGGAUCUAAUUUUGAAUUUCCAUAAAUGACUAAAAUGUUUGUUUGUAGCCUAUGACUUCCAACCGGUAGAGAUGUUGGAAGUUUUUAGGAUCAUGUUUAGUUUUCCUUUAUGGUAUUAUAGUA